CUUCAGUUUCAAAAUAAAAGCUCAUCAUGGCGUUAUGUGGGUUAAAAGAGAACAUUUUAAUUCCGAGAUAAACAGUGUCACAACAACGUUAUUAUAGGCAAGGUAGACUAUAAAGUUUUCGUGCACGCGACGGAAAAUAUCAGCGUAAACGUGUGAGCUUAUUUUAACUACAGUUCAAGACCAGCGAUAAUAUAGCUUUAAAAUCCAACCAGAGUUUAUGGGGAUUGAUUAUAGCCUCUCCAAAAGAUCGCUUAUUUUCAAAUGAUGUCCCUAUUUGGUGAUAUGGAAGGUCAUAUGCGCCUUACACUUCGCCGAUCUUACAUGUGGAAAGCGGUGUACUUUGUACGCGUCGAGAAGGGAAGGGUUCACUGGGCACGCGGCCCUUUGGAAUGAAACCACGCGGGCGUCAAAGUUCCCUCUUGGAGGUAAUGCCUCCAGUGCUUUCAGUCUGGAGUCGUGGAUCUUUUUACUCGCACCGGCUUCGGUACCGGAGUAACUUGCGCUGCUGAACCCACGUCUUCACGACUGGACAUACGAGAAUGUACUGGAAGCUAAAGAGCAUCAAAGGUCGCAAAGACGGGUCUGUGCUAAAAAAAAAACAAAAAACAUCUCAUCGCACGAACCCCGGCAAGAAUCUGUCCGCAACUCGCUCUCUUCCCGAGGACUCACGAUGAGGAAGCCAAAAAUCUUUCGAAUGCUUUUUGCUCUAAGUCUAGGAUGCUUCGUUAUGGUCCUUUUCUAUUUCAACAGCAGUCGGAAACCAGGGUUAGAGGAACUUGGAGAAAGAAGUAGUGGGCAGAAACCCAGGAGGAGUCCUCUGCAGGCACUUUAUGAUGGUGACCAGGUCAAGUCAGCCGUGCAGGCAAUCCAUCAAGGCCGACGGGAGCUUUUAGAAGAAGCCUGCCAUUCCUUCACUCGAAAACGAAGAGUCCUCAUCCCAGAUGACCUCAAGCAUGUUAUCGUGGAUGACCAGCAUGGCUUGCUGUAUUGCUAUGUACCCAAAGUGGCCUGCACCAACUGGAAGAGAGUACUCAUGGUCCUGACUGGUGCUACCGGAUCAAUCCGAGACCCGUUGGCGAUACCAGCAAAUGAGGCCCACGUUUCAGGAAACCUGCACACCUUAUCUGAGUACUCCACCUCCCAAAUCAACCAACGCUUACGCUCUUACUUGAAGUUUGUGUUUGUACGUGAGCCAUUUGAGCGACUUGUGUCCGCAUACCGCAACAAAUUCACACGAAGCUACAACACAGCUUUCCAUAAACGAUAUGGCACCAAGAUAGUGCGCCAGCACAGACCCAACCCACAGCCAGCUGCUCUGGAGAAAGGCGACGAUGUCUCUUUUGAGGAGUUCGUAUAUUACCUUGUGGACCCAGCCACCCAAAUAGAGGAACCCUUCAAUGAGCAUUGGGAACGGGUGCACUCACUGUGCCACCCCUGCCUAAUUCACUACGACGUGGUGGGUAAAUACGAGACACUGGAGCAGGACUCCAACUACGUGUUACAGCUGGCUGGAGUGGGGGACCAGGUCCAUUUCCCUGCCUCGUCCAAGAGCGCCAGGACUACAGGAGACAUGGCAGCACAGCUCUUCCACAACAUCAGCCCUUUCUAUCAGAAGAAGCUGUAUAACCUGUUUCGCAUGGACUUCCUGUUAUUUAACUACUCUGUGCCAUCAUACCUCAAGUUUUGAUGACCCUAAC